AUAUCAUUUCGAUCAUUGCAUACAACCUUACCCACAAACAAACUAAAGGGACAGAUUAGAUCGUCUAAAUUACCAUCAUGGAUUCAUCAAAGGUUGGGAAUGGCAUGAGAGUGAUGAUGUUCCCAUGGUUAGCUGUAGGACACAUCACGCCAUACUUGGAGCUCGCCAAGAAAUUAUCCGACAGAGGCUUUUCUGUCCUCUUAUGUUCCACCCCAAUCAACUUUAGUUUCAUCAAAAACAAGAGCCCUCAAAAAUACUCUUCUUCAAUCCAGUUAGUGGAACUUCACUUGCCGGAAUUACCAGAUCUCCCUCCUCACUACCACACCACCAAUGGCCUCCCACUCCAUCUCAACUCCACCCUCCGUAAAGCCCUAAACAUGGCCGAGCCAACUUUCUCCGAAAUCAUGGCCACCGUGAAACCAGACUUGCUGAUCUAUGACCUUUUGCAGCUAUGGGGAGGAAGAGUAGCCAAAUCACACAAUGUCCCGGCCGUCCUAUUCAUGACAGGUGGGGCCGCCACAUGUUCCUACAUCUUCCACGCACUUUGGCGGCGGAACGCGGAGUACCCUUUUCCGGAACUCUCUCUAAGCGUUUACGACCAAGGGAGGUUUCUGGAGAUGAUUGAUCACGGAAGAAGCAACAAUAGUGGUGGACUAGAAAAAAACUUGAUUUUGUUCAGUACCUCUAGAGAAGUAGAGGGGAAUAAGUAUGUGGAUUAUGUGAGCGAGUUAGCAGGUUCCAAAGCCUUCACAGUUGGUUCUCUAGUUCAAGGGCAUCAUCAGGAUGAAGGGCGUUUUGGACCGUUGAUGGAAUGGUUAGGAACGAAAGAGGAGAAAUCGACGGUGUUAGUUUCUUUUGGGAGUGAAUAUUUUCUUUCCGAAUACGACAUGCAUCAAGUGGCGAUUGGGUUAGAGAAAAGUAAAGUGAACUUUAUAUGGGUUGUUAGGUUUCCUAAAAUAUUAAGUGAAACAACAUUAGAAAACCCUAAUAAUCCUCUUGAAGCGGCACUGCCACAUGGAUUUCUUGAGAGGGUGGGAGAUAGAGGGAGGGUGGUGGAAGGAUGGGCCCCACAGGUAAAAAUUCUAUCAUACCCCAACAUAGGAGGGUUCGUGAGCCAUUGCGGAUGGAAUUCUACUAUGGAGAGCAUUGAAUGUGGUGUCCCAAUCAUAGCCAUGCCCAUGCAUCUUGACCAACCUUUAAAUGCUAAAUUGAUUGUGAGUAUCUGUGUAGGAAUCGAGGUUAAGAGGGAUGAAUUUGGAAAGUAUCAUGGUGAAGAUCUAGCUCGAGUUUGUGAUGAAGUUGUUCUUGGAAAAGCUACUGAAGAACUCCGGACAAAUGUCAAAGUCAUGAGUAAAAAUGUAAAGGUCAAAAGUUUGAAAGAGAUGGAUGAGGUUGCUAUUCAACUAGCACAAAUUUGCUUGUCACAUUAAUAAUACAUAUGAUAUUCUCAUCUCCAUUCCGAUAAAAUUUGUAUGUUUGCUUAUUGAUCCAUGAAAUUGGCUAUACUUCUUUGAUUAUGAAUAUUAAAUACUCCGGUUUGACUUGG